AUGGGUAACAAACAAGAAGAGCUGGAGGCCAUGGUCCAACAGCAGAGCUAUGAUGUAAUUGCCAUCACAGAAACGUGGGAUGGCCUCAGUGCCUGGGGCUGGGGCGGCAUCGCCGCCCUUUGGCUCCGCCUGGCCCGAGCCCGGCCCCGGCCCCGACGUGGGCUCCAGUCCUGGCCCCGGCCCCGGCUCCUCCCGGGCCCCGCGGAGGACACAGGCGGCGCGGCCGCUGCCGCCGCCUCCGCUGCGGCUUCCCCGGCCCGAGCUCCGCCGCUCGGCAGCGCGGCCGCCGGCCCCGAGCCGCCGCUGUCCCGUUGCCAGCAGAGAACGCCUGGGGAUGGCCGGCCCGGGGCGCUCGGGGGGUGCUCGGGGGCCGCUCCUGGCCCCGGGCCGAGCGCUGACAGCCGCGUCCCGCCCGCAGGGAAGGCGCAGGAGGCCCUGCAGGAGCGGUACCGGCUGGGUUCGCUGCUGGGCAGCGGCGGCUUCGGCAGCGUCUUCGCGGCCACGCGGCUCUCGGAUGGCGCCCCGGUGGCCAUCAAAAGGGUGCUGCGGGAUCGCAUCCGGCACUGGGGCGAGCUGCCCGACGGCACCAGCGCACCCCUGGAGAUCGUGCUGCUGGCCAAGGUGGCCUCUGGCAGUGCUGGUGUCAUUCAGCUCCUGGAGUGGCUCGAGCUCCCCGACAGCUUCUUGCUGGUGCUGGAGCGCCCGGAGCGGUGCCAGGACCUGUCGGGUUUCCUGGCGGAGCGGAGGUUCCUGCCGGAGGAGGAGGCGCGGGGGCUGUUCCGCCAGGUGCUGGAGGCCGUGCGGCACUGCACCAGCUGCGGGGUCCUGCACAGGGACAUCAAGCCCCAGAACAUCCUGCUCGACCUGGCCACCGGGCAGCUGAAACUGAUCGACUUUGGCUGUGGCGCCUUCCUCCAAGACACAGCCUACACCCAGUUUGCAGGAACCCUGUCCUACAGCCCACCAGAGUGGAUCCACCACCGACGCUACCACGGCGAGGCAGCGACCAUCUGGUCCCUGGGCCUCCUGCUGUGCCACCUGGUCAUGGGCAAGCACCCGUUCAGGAGGGGCCAGGAGAUCAUCUGGGGGCGGAUCUUGUUCCCACGACGGCUCUCUCAAGAGUGCCAGGAUGUCAUUAAGAGGUGUUUGUCCAUGCAGCCCAUGGACAGGCCCUCAUUAGAAGAGCUUUUCUGUGAUCCUUGGGUGCAGGGUGUUCCUCUGCCCUAGAGGAUGGGAGAGAUCCACGUGCACAGUUGGACCCAGGGGCCUGGCAGGGAAGGAGAAGGAGCCCCUGGAGAAGCUGCACCAGGUGGGGCUGCUGCUGCUAUAGACAGCAAGGACGACAUCAAGGAUGACAAUCUCUUCCUCGGCCUGGCCAGCUGAAGAUGAUGGACUUGGAUUCUGGCACCUUCUCCAAAGCCAGGCUCCACAGGGAAUCUGCAGAUGAGUCCACACACAGGGGGAUGCUCCCAGAUUUGGGCAUUGCUCAGCCUGGCUGGGAACCAAAGGUUCCCCCUUUGCUGGGGCGGAUGCAGCUGAUCCUUCAGUCGGCUGCCAGGCUGCUUUUGGCAGGGCUGGGGGCAUGGGCUGGGGUGGGUACGAAAUGGGAGUGGGCUCCUGGCCCUGCCAACAGCCCCCAGCACCCACCGUGCCCCGGGCUGGGGCUGGGGCUGGGGCAGCCAGCCCGACACAAACCAACCCCCAUGGUGGGAGCACAGGUGGGACUCCAGAACCUGUGCAGGGGCUGCUUUGCUUUGCAGGCAAGGAAGGGCUUGGGCUGCUCCACUGCCCCUGUUUGCUUUGGGAUCACCGUUAUUUUGGGGGGCAGUGCAGGGGGGAAGGGAGAAAGCCUGGGCUUCCCUCACCUGUAGGUGCGUUUUUCCCUGUCAUGCAGGGGUUGGCAUUCCUCAAGGCCCUGACUGAGAUAAGAUUUUUGACCUUUUUUCUUGUUCCCCUUUUUGUCUGUAAUCUAUUUUCAAUCAUUUGUUGUGUGUUUUUCUAGAGGAAGCGUUCUAGGUUGGGUCCAGUCUGGAUGGGGAAGUGCUUGGGAGCAGCUGUGGCGUGGAUGGGCCGUGCCCUUGGAGAAGGCUGAGGACAUCGUUUGGGACCAGCUUUUCUUCCAGCGGUGGAUGGCGUCAGCCGGGCUCUGCGGGUGCUGAGGCUGCUCUGGGCUCUGCCAGGGCUCUGCUGGAGCUCAGCACCGGGCCAGAAUCAGCCAAAGAAGAAAUGGUGUGCCCUGCAGCACAGCCUUGCUUGAGCAUUUCAGCAACACAGCUCAAGUCUGCAGCGUGUACACUGCCAAGG